AUGAACUCUGAUAUCUUAACAAAAGUCGUUGCAAUUUCGUCAUCCUUUUGGCUGUCAGGCGAAAUAUUCACCUACUCUUGGGGCGCAGUGCCCGCAGUCUUGGUCGCCACUCCAACCUCCCAGUAUUUGGCUGCAAAGCAAUGGGUCGCAUUUUACCAUAGAGGUCAUUCAUUGGGGCCACCAUUUGCCAUCCUAGGAGCAGGGGGCUUUAUUUGGUUGGCUUUGAAGUCCCACUCCUUGUUAUACUGGGAAGCUGCAAUCCUCAAUAUUAGUAUCGUGCCGUGGACACUUCUCUUUAUGUUACCAACAAACACGAGCAUAUUCGAGGUUGCGAAUAUGAAAGACUCGUCGGAAACACCCGUCCGUGAUGAAACACAAUUGGCUCCCCUGCUGAACAGAUGGGCCAGUCUCAACACCAUUCGCUCGUUUUUCCCAUUCGCGGGCGGUGUUUUGGGAUUGGUAGCAGCUUUGAGCUAA